CGAGCCGACGCGGAGGCCCUGCACUCCGACUCGCUCAAGGUUCCCAGGCGCCCGCCGUGGACCAAGGACAUGUCCGUCGACCAGCUGGACCGCAACGAGAAGGCCGCCUUCCUCGAGUGGCGCCGCGCGCUCGCCGCGGUCGAGGAGGACGAGCGCCUGACGCUCACGCCCUUCGAGAAGAACCUCGAGAUUUGGCGACAGCUGUGGCGCGUGUGCGAGAGGUCCGACAUCGUGGUGCAGGUGGUGGACGCGAGGGACCCGCUGUUCUACCGGUGCCCCGACCUCGAAACGUACGUCACCGAGAUCGACGCCGCCAAGCGAACGCUGCUGCUCCUCAACAAGGCGGACUUGCUCUCGCCGGACCUUCGCCGCGCGUGGUGCGAUUACUUCGACGAGAGAUCAAUCGGCUACCUGUGGUGGUCCGCAAAGACCGCGACGGAGGCGGUGGACGCGGAGGCGGCGAGGAUGAAGAAACGAAGGGCCGCGGAGGAGGCGGAGAGGGCGGCGGCGGAGGACAUCCUAUCCCGCGAACAGCUCCUCGAGGUGUUGGAGCGCAGGGCGGAGGAGGCGGCGGGCGAAGGCGCGAGGCUCAGGCGCCGCGACGGCCGCGUGUGCGUAGGAAUGGUGGGCUACCCGAACGUCGGCAAGUCGUCCACGGUGAACGCGCUCGUCGCCGCGAAGAAGACUGGGGUGUCCGCGACGCCCGGUAAGACGAAACACUUCCAGACGUUGGAGCUCGGCACGGGGCUCCUCCUCGCGGACUGCCCCGGACUUGUGUUUCCGUCCUUCACGGCUUCCAGAGCCGAGCUGGUGUGCAACGGCGUGCUGCCCAUCGACAGGCUCACCGACGUCCGCGAACCGGUCGGUAUCGUCGCUUCCAGAAUCUCCAGACGGCUUCUGGAAGCGACGUACCACUUCAAGCUCCCCCUUCCCGCCCUGCACGAGGACCAGUCACGGAACGCCACCGCGGGAGAGCUCCUCCGAGCGUACUGCGCGGCGAGGAGGCUCACGGUGCAGCAGGGCCGACCGGAUGAGCAACGCGCGGGUCGCGCCAUCUUAAAAGACUUCAUCAACGGAAAGCUGCUGCACUGCGUGGGGCCCGACGGGUACACG